AUGAAACAGAUUCUACUUCUAGCAUUUGUCGCAUUCUCCCAUGGAGCUAAGUUAGACAAGACCUACUUACCUCCAGCCACAGCACAAUCUGCAGGUGGAACUGGCUUAGAAACCCCAAAAACUGCUCCAGGACUAGUCAAUGGAAUUACUGGACAUCUUGCUGCUAACUUCAGACCCGAGCGCCCGCAGGCUGUCUUCGAAAGAAACGCUGCUAUUCUUCGAUAUGACAAUGUCAAUAAUGGAGACAACUACGCGUACAGAUAUGAGACUUCGAACGGUAUUACUGCUGAAGAGACUGGGAUUGCCACCAACGGUGUGGUCGCUCAAGGAGGCUUCUCUUAUUUGGGUGAUGAUGGUAGACAGUACACGGUCAGGUACACCGCUGAUGAGAAUGGAUUCAGACCAGUAGGCGACCACCUCCCCACUCCACCACCAAUUCCAGAAGCCAUUUUGAGGUCUCUGGAAAAGAACGCCCGUGACGAAGCUGCCGGAAUUUAUGAUGAUGGAUCCUACAACGAAAACUUAUACGGUGAGAAGAGAGGAUACAAUCGUGGCUAUAACUAUGCUACCAGUGCUGCCAACUUACAGACUAUUAAAAAUCUGGAACAAGCCAAUAUUCAGGCUCAGGCUAUCAAUCUUUUGGAGCAGGCCAAACAAGCGCAGGCCAUCAAUAACGCUGUACAAGCUAACAUUCAGGCUCAAGCCAUAAACCAGUGGGAACAAGCCAAGGCACAGGCUGUAAACCACGCAGCUCAGGCACAAGCUAUCAACCAUGCAGCUCAAGCCAAUAUUCAGGGCCAAGCAAUCAACUAUGCAGCGCAGGCCAACAUUCAGGCGCAAGCUAUCAACCAUGCAGCGCAGGCCAACAUUCAGGCGCAAGCUAUCAACCAUGCAGCGCAAGCCAACAUUCCAGCGCAAGCUAUCAACCAUGGAGCGCAGACAAACAUUCAAGUGCAAGCUAUCAACCAUGCAGCGCAGGCCAACAUUCAAGCGCAAGCUAUCAACCAUGCAGCUCAGGCCAACAUUCAGGCGCAAGCUAUCCACCACUUGGAACAAGCUAAGCAGGCCCAAGCUGUCAAACAGGUAGAACAAGCCAAAGCACAGGCCAUCAACAGCUUAGGCCAAGCCAAAUCGACCGCAGGAUCAAAAGCAUACCUACCACCGAAAGAGCAUUAA